AAUAAAUUUAAACAAACCACCCAAAUUGCAUCAUUUUCCCAUUUCAUUGGCCUUAGAGUCUCUCUCAGAUCAGAACUAGAGUGUUUACAUCCUGGUAAGAGGUUGAGUUGCCAUGGCUUCAGCUUCCUCCAAUUCACUAUCAAUCUCACCCUCAUCCACCCUCGUGGAUGCCAAAGCUCCUCGUCAACCAACUGCUGCAUCCCCACAAUGUGUCACUCUUCCUACUCUUCCUCCCCCACCCGUUCAGUCCCAGAGUCGUCCCUGGAAGACCACUGCCUACUGUCGCAAGAUUGCUCGAAAUGUGAUGGCUAUGGCCACUGGUGAGACUUUGGCCACGCGUGAAGCUCCAACCGAAGUUACCCCAACUGAGCUGACAGAGUUUAUCAACAAAAUACAAGAAACCUGGGAUAAAGUUGAGGACAAGUACGCAGUGAGUUCACUUGCUGUAGCAGGUCUUGUUUUGGUCUGGGGUACUGCUGGAAUGGUCUCGGCAAUUGAUAAACUUCCUGUGAUUUCCACAUUUCUCGAGGUCGUGGGUAUUGGCUACACUGGGUGGUUUGCAUACAAAAACCUUAUUUUCAAGCCAGACAGGGCCGCUCUGAUAAGCAAAAUAAAAGACACAUACAAAGAAAUACUUGGAACCAGCUAGAGGGAAACUAGGCAGUGGUUAAUAAAGGAUGGUGCUGAGAUGAGGCGAAGGCGAGAAUAUACCUGAGGCCCAAUACUUGCAGCACUUGCUUCAGUUUGUCAGUACAAAGUUCUAACAAAAGUAAACCGAUGUGAUGUGGUCUUGUGGUGGGCUUAUAUAUUUUUAUAUUUUCCCCUAUGUGUAGAAUAAAAGUAAUCUCGAUUACUCCCUCACCUUCUUGAUAUAACUUUGUAAACUUUUGAAAUGAUUUUAAUAUCCUCUUCAUAUGAA